UGAUCGAAGGUAUCGAUGUAACACCCGAGUGUACGAACUAUAGUGAACUACCCCGCAAUAUGAUUGUCGAUUUAGGUGUCUAACCCAUAAUACAAUAUGACACGAUAUUUUACUGCCUUGACGGUCGCGGACUCUGCGUUCUACGUUGUACAAGGUACUGAUUUGAUCGCGUAUCGGAAACCGGAUGGUUGGUCGGGGAGAAUGUUCGUCAACAGCGCGCUGGUCAGGUGAUCCCGGUCGCAGGAAAACGACACCGGAACGAGAAAACCGAUACGACGUGCGUUUGAGGGAUGGGGGAGGGGGCAUUGUUGUCGGGCCGAGGUGCACUCGCGUAGGUACGGAUUUACAAACGACCAGGUGGAACAUUUGAUAUUGUACGCUUGGAAAUUACACGCGCGCGUGCUUGCAGCGACGACGUUUGGUUAUGGUAAUGAGCGAGUAAUGACCGUAAUCGCAGUCGGCGUUAUCUGCAACGGACCCGACGACGACGACGACGACGACGACGGUCGAUCAACAGGUGGGGCCCCGGGUUUCUCGCGCUCGCCGGCUAAAGGUCGACGUAAUAAUGUUUUAUCGUCCGUGUGUACACCUCCGUUCGAUAAGACCCGCCGAGCUGCGUAUUAUUUAACUCUGCUAGGCAGUAAUAACGUUGUAAUAUUAUCGUAACGAGCGACGUUGUGUGUGCUCCGGAUUGAACCGUACCCGGUUUUAACGUUUUGCGGUACCGUUCCGUUGCAUUUUUUCUCAGUAGGGUUUUUUCGCCCCCUCCAAUCCGUGCACGUGAACACGGGCGUCUCGUUUCCCACGUUCGGUUUAUCAUUACGAGCCGCGCUCGGUUAUCCGAAUGCCAUUUCUCGCGUAAUAACAGCAACAGCAGUAGUUGAUCCGCCGCCAAAAGCCGCACACCGCACCACUGACGGAAACGAAAUUCGGGAAAGUUUCCAAAUAACCGAAUUCUCUCUCUCUCUCUCGCUCUCUCGUUCUCCCGGCCCGUCCGUCCGUCCGUUUCUCUCGACCGUCGCUCGUUGCCAACUAAUAUCUCGGCUCACCGCUAUUACUGCCAUGGGCGGCAAACACUCCAAAAUGAACCCCAUGGACGUGCAAGUGCCCGAGCUGCAGAACCAGCUGGACCGCGAUCCCUAUCUGAAGCCUUACGAGAGGGAAUUCAAACGCAGGUACGCGUGCUUUUUGGAUUACUUGGAAAGGGUAAAAGAAGAAUCAAAUUUGGAAUCAUUUACUACUGGUUACAAGCAAUAUGGUAUUCAUUUCAAUAACGAUGGGUCCAUUUAUUGUUUGGAAUGGGCUCCAGGAGCCAAACAAAUCUACCUCACUGGUGACUUUAAUGAUUGGAAUAGAGAAAAUUACCCAUACAAAAAACUUGAGUAUGGCAAAUGGGAAUUAACUAUUCCACCCAGCAGUGACGGAACACCAGUUAUUAAGCACUUAUCUGAAAUAAAGAUUGUCGUUGAAAAUCAUCAUGGUCAUAAAGUAGAUCGUAUAUCACCUUGGGCCACAUACGUAGUGCAACCUCCCCGUGAACAAGGAGUCACUUUUAAACAUAAAAUUUGGAAUCCAUCUGACCAUGUAUAUCAAUUUAAAUACCCUAAAGUAUCCAAACCAUCCAGCUUGCGCAUAUACGAAUGUCAUGUUGGAAUCGCCACAUCAGAAUAUAAAGUUGGAUCCUACCUAGAGUUUAAAGAUAAAAUGUUGGAUCGUAUAAUUGAUUUGGGAUAUAAUGCAAUUCAAAUAAUGGCUAUUAUGGAACAUGCUUACUACGCUUGCUUUGGAUAUCAAGUGACAAGUUUUUAUGCAGCUUCGAGUCGUUUUGGAACACCCGAAGAACUUAAAGAACUAGUUGAUGUAGCCCACAGUAAAGGUCUUUAUGUGAUGUUGGAUGUUGUACAUUCCCACGCGUCUAAAAAUGUGUUAGAUGGUUUGAAUCAGUUCGAUGGUACAAACGCGGGAUACUUCCAUGAUGGACCUAAAGGAAAUCACCCCCUAUGGGAUAGCAGACUUUUCAAUUAUUCCGAGUACGAAGUGUUACGAUUUCUGUUGUCGAAUUUGCGUUGGUAUGUUGAAGAAUAUCGUUUUGAUGGCUUCAGGUUUGACGGAGUUACAUCGAUGUUGUAUCAUUCUCGUGGUGCUGGCCAAGGUUUUAGUGGCCAUUACGAUGAAUAUUUCGGUCUCAAUGUUGAUACCGACGCAUUAGUUUAUUUGAUGUUGGCAAAUUAUGUCCUUCAUAAGUUCUAUCCCGAUUGCAUAACUGUAGCCGAGGAUGUAUCUGGGAUGCCAUCAUCUUGUCGACCUGUCAAUGAAGGAGGACUUGGAUUCGAUUAUCGUUUAGGAAUGGCCAUACCCGACAUGUGGAUAAAACUAUUGAAGGAAGUUAAAGACGAUGACUGGAACAUGGGAAAUAUCGUUCAUACACUUACAAACCGCAGGUGGAUGGAAAAAACCGUUUCCUAUGCAGAAUCCCACGACCAGGCUCUUGUUGGUGAUAAGACAAUUGCAUUUUGGUUAAUGGAUAAGGAAAUGUAUACCCACAUGUCUGUGAAUAGUGAACCUAAUUUAAUCAUCGACCGUGGAAUAGCUUUACACAAAAUGAUUCGGCUGAUCACCCACAGUCUUGGUGGCGAAGCGUACUUAAAUUUCAUUGGAAAUGAAUUUGGACAUCCGGAAUGGUUAGAUUUCCCUCGUGAUGGUAAUCAAAAUUCAUACCACUAUGCGAGACGACAGUGGAAUUUAGUUGAUGAUAAAUUAUUGAAAUACAAAUUUCUAAACGAUUUCGAUAAGAGUAUGAAUCACUUAGAAAGUAAAUACGGAUGGUUGAACGAUAAUCCAGCAUAUGUCAGUUUAAAACAUGAAGAUGAUAAGAUAAUUGCUUUUGAAAGAGCUGGUUUAUUGUUUGUUUUUAAUUUUCACCCAACCAAGAGCUUUACUGAUUAUAAAGUGGGUUUGAAUUUGUCGGGUUCGUUGAAAAUAGUUUUAAAUAGUGAUAAUCCAGAAUAUGGUGGAUAUAAUCGAAUUGAUACUAACAUUGUGUACACAACAAGUAACGGUGAAUGGAGUGGUAGACAAAAUCAUAUCUACUUGUAUUUGCCAACCAGAACUGCACUAGUUUUUUCUACAUCAGACUGAAUGAUAAAUAAUCUAUACUACGUUGUCUGCUUAUAUAUUUUCUGUAUGUUUACUAAAAUAAUUUAAUAUUUUUUAUAAAGUUAGUUUUAAUUUUGAAAUCCAAAAAAA